CCUUGCGUUUGCAUUGGAGAUUGCGAAGCUGAUUACUAAGGGAGACCCCCGAUUCUCAGUCACGAUCUUCAUCAUAAAGUUUCCGUUUGAGACCAUUGAUGGUAUGGACACGAACUCUGAUUCCGUACAGUUCGUCACACUUCCUCGUAUAGAGAUCAGCUUUGGAACGGCCCCGUUUGGUCUCUUCCUCUCUAAAUGCCUCAAAGCUCACAUCCCACUCGUCAGAGACGCUGUCCACGAGCUCACUUGCUCCAACCCGGUUCAGCUCGCUGGGUUCGUUGUUGAUAUGUUCUGCACCCACAUGAUUGAUGUGGCCGAUGAGUUUGGGGUGCCUUCCUAUCUCUUCUUCCCUCCUAGCGCUGCUUUUCUUGGCUUCCUGUUGCAUCUGCGGUUCCUCCAUGAUUAUGAGGGCUUGGAUAUUAAUGAGUUCAAGGACUCGGAUGCUGAGUUGGAGGUUUCAAGUUUUGCUAACUCAGUUCCGGGUAAGGCCUUUUCUUCUUUGAUGAUUGACAAGGAAAGCGGAGGGGCCGAGAUGCUUCAUCAUCACACGAGGAGAUUCAGACACGUCAAGGGUAUUCUAGUAAAUACAGUUAUUGAGCUUGAAUCACAUGCUAUUCAAUCACUUUCUGAAAGUACAGUACCCGUAGUGUAUCCCGUUGGACCCAUACUCAACACCCGAAAGGGAUCUGAUAGGGGUCAACAAGAUGCUAGUGCCAUCAUGAGUUGGCUUGAUGAUCAGCCUCCAUCGUCCGUGGUUUUCCAGUGCUUUGGGAGCAUGGGAAGCUUUGGUGCGGAUCAAAUCAAGGAGAUAGCACAUGCGUUAGAGCACAGUGGGCAUCGCUUCUUGUGGUCCCUUCGCCAACCUCCCCCAAAGGGUAAAGUGAUUACAAGCGACUAUGAAAAUAUUGAGCAAGUUCUACUAGAAGGAUUUUUACAUCGGACGGCUAGAAUUAGAAAGGUGAUUGGAUGGGCUCCACAAAUAGCGGUUUUAGCCUACUCAGCUAUUGGAGGAUUUGUAUCUCAUUGUGGAUGGAAUUCUUUGCUAAAAAGCAUAUGGUAUGGUGUUCCAGUAGCCACAUGACCAAUAUAUGCAGAACAACAAAUCAACGCAUUUCAAAUGGUGAAAGAUUUGGGGUUGGUGAUAGAAAUUAAAAUUG